AUGUUGAACCGAUUUAUUUCAACAAAGUUUUUUUCGGUACCAGGAACAGGAAAAAAUAAUAAUGAAAAGUCAUUAAUUUCUACGGGUGGUACAAAUAUGUCUUUAUACAACAAGUACAAUACAGAACAAGUAAAAAUUCAAAAUGCUGUACCAAAUGCAUGUCAUAAUAUUAUUAAGACUAGUUGUCCGAUAACUAAGAGAAUUCCAUCAAAAAAGUUAUGUUAUUCAGAUCAUGCUCGAUUUUUUACAAAAAAUAUGACAGAAUCUUCUGCAGAAACUAUGAGAAAUGAAAUAUCAGAUAAUGAAUGCGUUAACAAUAUAUGUAAUUUUAAUCAUAAUUUUUUUCAAACUACUGAUCCAGAUAAUCAAUCAUAUGAAGGUUCGGAAUCAUAUUUGAAUGAAUUAGUAAAUAACCAAAAAAGUAAUGCAUUAUAUGUGUAUAACAAAAGUUCACAACGUAAUAAUCGAAGACGACAGAAACGUGCUUUACGAAAAGGCAUGCAUACAACUAAUUGCAAAGCAUCAUCAACAACUGACCUUUAA